CCACGUUGUGCCAACCAAAGCCAAUCAAGCACGACGAACCAAUCCCUCUCUCUCUCUCUCUCUCUCUCCUAAGUUUUCAUUUUUUGAAGGCAGCGCCAGCAGCACCUCCUCAGUUGUAAACGAUGCCAUCUCAGAUCCUUCCCAUGCCCAACCGUCCCUCCGAUCCCUCUCCUCCGAUACUGGUCAAGGCCAAAGACGACGACGACGACGCUGCCAAUGACCCCUCCGCCAGUCUCCUCCGCUCCUUCCGAGACUUGUCCUUCAAGCCUCCCUUGCCCAGGGCCUCCAGCUUCACCGCCUCCUCCCGCAAACUCAACGCUCCCUCUUCUUUCCACCAGAAGCGCCGCCGCCGUGCCGCCAGCCAGGACUCCUUCCCCUCCCUUCCCCAUGACACUGCCUCCUCCCGCACCUCCUCCUUCGGCCGCGACGUCGCCUCCGAGACCUUUCUCUUGACCCGCCUCGGCUUCAAGAUGCUCAGUUACCUCGGGGUAGGCUAUAAAUGGAUUACGAGAUUUCUUGCCCUUGGUUGUUAUGCAGUGCUGCUUUUCCCAGGCUUUAUUCAAGUUGGAUAUUACUAUUUCUUCUCCAAACAGAUACGCAGAAGCAUAGUUUAUGGAGAUAAACCACGAAAUAGGCUUGACUUGUACUUACCUAAAAACAGCAAUGGUCCAAAACCAGUUGUUGCUUUUAUUACUGGUGGUGCCUGGAUUAUUGGUUACAAAGCAUGGGGUUCUCUUUUAGGCCAACAGUUAUCAGAGAGAGAUAUCAUUGUGGCAUGCAUAGAUUACAGAAAUUUUCCCCAGGGAACCAUCAGUGAUAUGAUAGCUGAUUCUUCUCAAGGUAUCUCAUUUGUGUGCAACAAUAUUGCAGAAUAUGGAGGUGACCCUAACAGAAUUUACUUAAUGGGGCAGUCAGCUGGGGCACAUAUUGCUGCGUGUGCAAUUGUGGAGCAGGCAAUCAAAGAGGCAGGUGAAGGAGAAAGUACUUCUUGGAGUCUUUCCCAGAUUAAGGCUUAUUUUGGUUUAUCUGGAGGGUAUAAUUUGUUUAACUUAGUAGAUCACUUCAACAGUAGAGGUCUUUAUCGGUCCAUCUUUUUAAGCAUAAUGGAAGGGGAGGAAUCCCUGCGACGGUUUUCUCCAGAGCUAAUGGUUCAAGAUCCAAACAUUGGAAAUGCGAUUUCUCUACUACCUCCUAUAGUUCUUUUUCAUGGCACUGGGGAUUAUUCCAUACCAUCAGAUGCGAGUAAAACAUUUGCUGAAACUCUUAAAAGAGUUGGAGCCACAGCUGAAUCAAUUAUGUACGAUGGGAAGACUCAUACAGAUGUGUUUCUACAGGAUCCCAUGAGAGGUGGCAAAGAUGAUAUGUUUGAAGAUUUAGUAGGAUAUAUCCACUCUGGUGACGCUGAUGCCCGUGAGAGAGAUGCAAAGGCUCCUCCAAGAAGACGCCUUGUACCUGAAUGCAUGUUAAAAUUGGCUCAUAGCGUCAGUCCAUUCUAGCCUUUAAGCAGAAUGAACUAACAUUCAUAGUUGAUUCGUUAAUUUACACUGUAAAUAACCAUUUAUUGUGACUUGCUAGAUUAAUUCUUUACAUGACAUGUUUGGCACUCCA